UUAAAAAUAAAAGUCAUGCUCUAUUUUAUUAUUGCUCCGAAAAACAAAAGACACUUGGUCCAUGUUUUGGUUAUAGUUGUGAAUUUUCAUUGCAAUCAAAUGUUUCUAAUCUUACUAAAGAUAAAAAAUGUUGGUGUAAUUCUGAUUCUUCUGAUUAUGAAAAUCCCAUUAGAACAACUAGUGAAAAAUUUUCGAUUGUAGAUUAUGAA